AUGGCCCCAACCCGUCGACCCCCAGCUCUAGUUGUCCCUACAGGACACCAAGUCGAUCAGGCUGAUCUUGAAGAAGCGAUUAGGGAGCUGGUAGCUCAUAAUCGCCAAAGGGACGAGCAGCGACAGGUUGCAAGGUUGGGUAAUGUGUCCGAUUUUCGGAAGCUUAACCCACAACACUUUGCUGGGACUGAAGGCGGAUAUGAGGCCGAGAUGUGGUUGCAAACCAUGGAUCGCCUAUUGAGGGCAGCUAAGAUACCAGAUGAAGACCGAGUCGAUAUUGUGCAGCUGCAACUUAGUAAUAUAGCUAGAACAUGGUGGGAUGCAGAGGAGGAGAAGCUGCCAAAGCCAGUUUCAUGGGAGACAUUCCAAGAGAGUUUCCUAGAGGCAUUUUUCCCGAAGAUAGCUCGUCUUGAGAUGCAUAGACGGUUUGUUAUGCUGAGACAGAGAGCCAGUACUGUAGAGGCAUUUUUCCCGAAGAUAGCUCGUCUUGAGAUGCAUAGACAGUUUGUUAUGCUGAGACAGAGAGCCAGUACUGUAGAUGAGUAUGCAGCAGAGUUUGCCAAGCUCAGCAGGUUUGCCCCUGGGAUGGUGUCCAAUGAGGUGGAUAAGGGACAAAGAUUCAUGCAGGGUCUAAAUUUUGAGAUCCAGACUCAGAUUUAUAGUCAGAAGGGGGUUGAGACUUAUACGGAUGUCCUAGAGGCAGCUCGGAAAGCAGAACAGCUGAUUGGGAUCAUGAACUCAGUGAAGAGAGGGGCAAACAAGCGCCCUGUAGGACAGAACUCGGGAGGUAACCAGCAGAAGCCUCAAACCGGAGGAGCACCAGCCAAGCGCCAGCAGAUAGGGACUCCAAGACCAGCUCCACAACCAACCAACAUGAUUUGUCAUUUCUGCAGCAAGCCGGGGCACUUAAUGAAGGACUGCAGGAGAGCUAACGGGUUGUGCCUAGCAUGUGGGGCGGUAGAUCAUCAGCUUUCCACUUGUCCCAGUAAAGGAGUUUUAGGAGGAUAUUCAGGCGGAGCGAUAGUGCCAGCAAGGCAGGCUAGACCGGGUGGGCAAUAG